CACAACAAUUUGCUAGCAUUUUUGUCGCGUAAUUCCGUAUUUCCAACAACAAAUUAAAAAACAAAAUAAAUUCGCAACAAUUUGUUUACUUUUUACGGUAAUUCAAAUAGCCCCAGAGUUUUUUGCAUUAAAAUCUAAAAAAUGUGGUUUAUUACACAUACAAUAAGCGGCGAUUCGGUAUGUCUCUUGCCGACAAAGCUAAAAUAUUCCGUAGGACGUAUGGGAGCAGACGUUGAACUUCAAGAUGAAAUUUGUGUGAGUCGUGCCCAUGCUGCUUUUCAUUUGGUCAAGAGUGAGGAGCAAUAUAAAUUGGAAUUGGAAGAUUUAGGUUCCAAAUAUGGUACUUUCCUUAAUCAAGACAUUGAAACUAAUACAGCCUUGGUAAAAGGGCGCAAAAUAGGUUUGAAAAACGAUGAUAUAAUACGUUUUGGCCGUUUACAAAACAUAUGGAAAGUCCAGUUUAUGACUAUAAAAACGGCUAUAUCUUCGCUGUCCAGAGAGGACACUUUACUACUUCAGAAAUAUGUUACAGCUUUGGGGGGUAAGAUUCUAGAUGAAUGGUCUUCCGACUGCACACACUUAACAAUGACGGAUAAAUUAAUUACCAUGAAGCUAUUGCAUGCACUUGUUGGACAAAAGCUGGUUGUUACGCCCACCUAUUGGAAAGAUUUACUUAGUGCAGCCAAUAGUGUUAGAACACAUCUACCUAAACCGGAAUCGUACAAACCAGAUUUUGAUGAUGACGAUAUUAAUUUAAAUUGUAAUGCCAAGAGACGUUUGCUCUUUAAAGGUUACACAUUCGUUUUCUUGAAUCGUAAACAUUUUGAAACGUAUAGUCCGAUUAUAAGGUCAGCUGGUGGAAUAUGUAAAGAUCUGAAUUCUGGUGUACAGAAAGCGUUUCUCAUUAAGGAUAAAGUUGUGGUGGUGGAAUAUACGCCCUCCACACAAACGCAAAGUUCACAAACUAUAAGCACAAUUGCAGACUUUUUAGAAUCAAACUCCAAACGUAUUAUACCAGAAUACGAAAUUGGCUUUGCUAUAUUACGCUGUUCCAUGAAGAUAUUUUGCAAUCCUUGCUAUAAAAUGCCUAAUACAACACCGGCAUUGUUUCCAAGUGAAAUGUCAAAUGAUUCAAAUAGGAUUGAUUUGACUGAGGAACAAAGUACGCCCAGCUUAAAUACCGAAUCAAUGGAUUUAGUAAUUAGCGAAACAAAUGAAAAUAUGGUAACAUCAACUCCUUUCAUUAAUGCGGGAAAUACCAAUCCCAGCCCGAAUAAAGAAGAGCAGUCUACGUUGAAUACUCCAGUAGAAAAUCAAAGGAAACGUAAAGUAAUGAGUGUUGAUUUAAAUGAAAGUGAUGAAGAAGAUCUCUUUAAAUUUGAAUCAAAGAAAACUUGUAAUAAAAAAGAUGAUAAUGGGGAAAAGGAACAAGUUGUUAAGACAGUUGAAGCUAAAUCUACUGUUGUUGAGCCAAUUAAGAAACAACUCAAUACCACUAACGUAUUUUUACAAAAAUCACAAAAUAAAACACAAAUUUCGCUCAAUCAAACUGAAGAACAGCCCUCAACUAGUAAGGAAAAUCGUAAAAGACCUUUAAUACAGGUUUUAAAUGAAGAAGACGAGGGCAACGAUGAUGAUCUUUUCAGUUUUGGCGACACUCAAAAGAAGAAAGCUCGCAAAGAAAACGACGAAGAAGAUGAUUUGUUUAGUUUUAAAGAAAAGGAAGGAACUACAACUAAAAAACCAAUACGUACCAUUGAGUUAGAUGAAGACAGCAAUGACAUGGAGCCCACACAACAAUUUAUUGUUGUCACUAAAAAGGCCUCCAUACAAAUGCCUAAACCCAAAAUUAUUCCUCGUAAAAUAUCGGCUAUAGAGUGGAUAUCUGGUUCUUUGGGUAAAAUUAAUAUCAAAAAGGAAAAUUCGGCAGUAGAAAAAAAUGAAAAUGAAGACGAAAAUAUGGUUAAAACCGAAUCGGAAAUAAAAUCAGAGCUCGAUGCUGAAAACACCAUAACUGAAGAUCAUCGCAAAUGGUUGGAAUCACUGAAAGAUGCCAUUGAAAUACAACAAAUAUCGCUAAACAACACUAUCAAAAGUGUUGAAAAGUCUCAUUAUAAAUUUAAAAAUCGCUCAAAUAACACUGCAGACAACUUAAAUGAGACUAUACCAAAUUUCAAGAGAUUUGUGAAGAAAUAUCAUGUCCCUUCACAAAAUAAUUCCAUCGCUAUUAAACUUCAUUUACGUUGAGCUGAUAAUGCAGUAAAAUAUUUUUUUACAUACAAUUCACAUACAUUUAAGAAAAAUUUCGAAAAUAUUCAGAAGUGAAUACUGCUGUUGAACAGGUAAUUUAUUUCGUGGGAAUUAUUUUCAAAUAAAAUGCAUACAUCUAUAUACACAUUUUCAGUCUAUAAAUUAAAUAAUUCGAUUUGUCGAUUAUUUAUUUUUUAUAUUCCAUUCAUGUAAUAAAAAAUAAUCAACAAGAA